UGGCGGCGGCGCAGGAGCGCUGAAGGCGGCGCGAGGGCGCGGAGUUCCAGACCAAGCAGCUAGGCCACGAGCGACGGCGGCGCCGAACCGAUGAGUAACCCAAAGCCACAAGAGGAGACGUCACCCAUCCAAGGGCACUUCUAGCCCAGCCGGCAUCACACCAGGCCCCCUGGUAGGAGCCCAAGCCUCAGCCCUCAGGUGCUGAGAUCCUGACACCAUGUUUGGGAAGAGGAAGAAGCGGGUGGAGAUCUCGGCCCCAUCCAACUUCGAGCACCGCGUGCACACAGGCUUUGACCAGCAUGAGCAGAAAUUCACAGGGCUGCCCCGUCAGUGGCAGAGCCUGAUUGAGGAGUCGGCUCGCCGGCCCAAGCCCCUUGUUGACCCCGCGUGCAUCACCUCCAUCCAGCCUGGGGCCCCCAAGGGGGAGCAUCGUGACAUGGUCCCUAAUGGGCCAUCUGCUGGGGGCCUGGCUGUCCCCCAGUCCUCGUCCUCCCGGCCUCCUGCCCGAACCCGUGGCCCCCCCAGCCCUGGAGUGCUGGGUCCCCAUGCCUCUGAGCCCCAGCUGGCCCCUCCCGCCCGCACCCUCACUGCACCUGCUGCCCCCACCAUGCCUGCCGUCCCUGGGCCCCCUGGUCCCCGCUCGCCACAGCGGGAACCACAGCGAGUAUCCCACGAGCAGUUCCGGGCUGCCCUACAGCUGGUGGUGGACCCAGGUGACCCUCGCUCCUACCUAGACAACUUCAUCAAGAUCGGAGAGGGCUCCACGGGCAUCGUGUGCAUCGCCACCGUGCGCAGUUCAGGCAAGCUGGUGGCUGUCAAGAAGAUGGACCUGCGCAAGCAGCAGAGGCGCGAGCUGCUCUUCAACGAGGUGGUGAUCAUGCGGGACUACCAGCACGAGAACGUGGUGGAGAUGUACAACAGCUACCUGGUGGGAGAUGAGCUCUGGGUGGUGAUGGAGUUCCUGGAGGGAGGUGCCCUCACCGACAUCGUCACCCAUACCAGGAUGAACGAGGAGCAGAUUGCUGCCGUGUGCCUGGCCGUGCUGCAGGCCUUGUCUGUGCUCCACGCCCAGGGUGUCAUCCACCGGGACAUCAAGAGUGACUCAAUCCUGCUGACCCAUGAUGGCAGGGUGAAGCUGUCAGACUUUGGGUUCUGUGCCCAGGUGAGCAAGGAGGUGCCACGGAGGAAGUCACUGGUUGGCACGCCCUACUGGAUGGCCCCGGAACUCAUUUCCCGUCUUCCCUAUGGGCCAGAGGUGGACAUCUGGUCACUGGGGGUAAUGGUGAUUGAAAUGGUGGAUGGAGAGCCCCCCUACUUCAAUGAGCCACCCCUCAAAGCCAUGAAGAUGAUUCGGGACAACCUGCCACCCCGACUGAAGAACCUGCACAAGGUGUCGCCAUCCCUGAAGGGCUUCCUGGACCGUCUGCUGGUGCGUGACCCAGCCCAGCGGGCAACAGCGGCUGAGCUGCUGAAGCACCCAUUCCUGGCCAAGGCGGGGCCGCCCGCCAGCAUCGUGCCCCUCAUGCGCCAGAACCGCACCAGAUGAGGUCCAGCGCCCUGUCCCUGAACCAAAGAGCCCCUUGGGUCGUCCCUGCCCUGCCGGAGGCCAGUAUGGGCCAGCCUCCCCUCUCCUCCCAGCCCAGGAGACACUCCAUGUGGCACCACUCUCCUUGCUUGGGCGGGGAGGGGUACAUGGGAUCCUACUACUGAACUCCGGUUUUGAUUUUGUGACUUUUUAAAAAAAAACACAGGGACUCGUGGGAGUGAGUGAGGUUCCCAGGACCUUUCUAUUCCCCGGGACAGGCCCUCCCCUGUGUUCCCCUGUCUCCAGGAAGGACAGGCGGCCCUCCCAUCACUGGAAAUCCGUGGCGGGGGUCGCUGGGGGUGGAGAGAACACUAUGAGAUAGGUGUGUGUGUGUGUGCGUGUGUGCGCCCCGAAGGUCCUGCUCCUCUGUCCUCCAGACUGCAAGUGAGUGUCUCUGAGACCUUGCCUGACCUACAGCCUCGUCCCCCCUGAGCCAUUGUGGGGGUCGAUCAUGAAUGUCUGAAGAGUGGCCUUUUCCCGUAGCCCUGCACACCCUUCCUGUGGCUGGAUGGGGACACAAGAGUCGGGGCCUCCCCCCCCCCCCAGCCUCUGCAGCAAAUGACUACUGCACCUGGACAGCCUCCUUUUUUAGAAGUCUAUUUAUAUUGUCAUUUUAUAACACUAGCCCGUCCCCCCACCCGGGGACAGUUGAUCCCUGUCCUGCGGGGUAGCACCAGGGACAGAACCACUGCCUGAAGGAUCAGGUUCCUGCCCUGUCAGCGUAGCCCUGCUCCCCUCCCUCAAGUUAGUUUUGCAAUUAAACCAUUUUCUUGUUUUG